GAAGUCCUUUCCAAAUCAACACUAAAGUCUGGAAAGAAUUUGCAUCAACUUUAGUAUCAGGUUAGCUACACUAUAAAACUAGAUGCAUAGGAUACAGUAAAUCCAAUAAAUAGCUGUAAGAAGCAGAAUUAGAAAAACACCAGGGGUGUGUGGAUUUAAUUCAACUCAGCCUAAAUGACCACAAACGGUUAACGGAUGGAUUAUAAGAUGGAUGGAUAUUUGGACCAGCAAGUGCCUUAUACUUUAGCAAACAAAUCGCAAGGAAAUGGGCCCUUAAACAGAUUAUUGAUGGCUUCAAAAAGGAAAUGCAUGGACACAGAAUUACCCCCUCAGGAAUCUGAAGAUCUUUUUCAGGAUUUAAGCCAACUUCAAGAGACGUGGCUCACAGAAGCUCAGGUUCCGGACAGCGACGAGCAAUUUGUCCCUGACUUCCACUCAGAAAACUCGGUAGCAUUUCACAGCCCC